GCAACAUUUUCUUGAGACGAUGGUCACUUCCUGGUAGUUUUAUCUUCACCUGACGGCUGUAAGUAGGCCAAGUACCUUUCCCUAAUCUCACUCUCACACAGCCAUCUUGUAGGCUUGAACUCUGGUUGUUCUGGAACCGUUUGAGAAAUUUUUUGUCAUUCUACAGGUUCCAGUCGUGUCAGUACACAAGACAGCCAUGUUUUUCUACGUUGUUUUCGCCUUGGGUUUCAUCGCCUGCACAGACUGUUCUGAUUACCGAGUCCUCCGACAACAAAAAAUUGAUACUUGUGACGCCUCAACUAUUGUCACUACAACGUCGCCGCCGCAGCCGUGCUACCUCUCCGGCAACACCAGUGUAAUUGAGACCGGUUGCUGGGGCUACAAGAUAUGCAAAGACAACGUCACGGUGUUAUGCACGUGUCCCGAACACCAGGUCCUAGAGAGAGCGAUCAUGGCGUGUGUUGUUCCAGAGAACAGCGCUUCACAUGAAUGUAGUAACGCUACAACUUGCGAAAACAAGGAAGAUGGGAUGUAUGGUGUCGUGGCGGACAACUGCCACACAUACACGAGAUGUUUAGACAAGAAACCUAUCGGUGAAUUCUACUGCCCUGCAACCACUGUGUUCAAUAACGAGAUUCAGUCAUGUGACUUCUCAAUCAACGUGCUGCCCCCUUGCGGAACAAAACCGGUGGUCGGCUAAACGGAGUGACGUCAUCGGGAAUUUUUGUUACUUUUACAGGUUAUCAAAGGGAGAGAAUGUUUGUCAAGAAAUAAAUGUUUGCCCACUUCAAA